UUCCACAGCAAGCGAACAAAAUGUCUAAAGAAAAUACUCUCUUUUCGUACUUCUCUAAAUCUCCAAAGGUGAAUCAAGCGUCCAACAAAGGUUCAGAUGCGACGGGCGUCAACGGCAAAAAGGGGACGACGCCUCUCAAGCGCAAGGACAAAUGCGCGGGUGACAGCGCUAGCCUCUCGCCCAAAGUGAACUGCGCGUUCAAGCUCCACGACCUGGUCUGGGCCAAGUUGGAAGGCUACCCCUUCUGGCCGGCCCUGGUAUGCAACCCUCCCAAUGAGAGCAGCUUUCUGGACCGGGCCAAGGCGCCCUCGGUGCACGUCCAAUUCUUCGACACUCCACCGUCCCGUGGCUGGGUCAAGCUCAGACGACUCAAGAUGUUCACUGGUCCUAGUCAUAUGGAAGUGCCGAAGAUGAAAGAUGUCAAGUGGAUCAAAGGGGUUCAGGAAGCAGAAAAAGCGCUGGCCAUGGGCUCGGACGAGAGGUCGCACCUGGUUUCGUUUGUGGAGUCUAACUCGCGGGAUGCCGAAGACAGUGAAAUGGGUGUUGUCAGUGGUGGCAGUGAUGAGGACGCUGACGAGGAGGCAAAGGAGAACUGCGAAAGUCCCCAGAAGCCAUCACUCAAAAAGCGAAGGAUCAUCAUGGCGUCGGACAGCGAGGAAUCGGACGACGAGUUCAAGCCGGGCAAGAACGAAGCGAGCGAGUCGGACAGCGAGAGCAGCGGCGUCGACGAAAAUGCGCUUUCCGAGCCAGAUCCGGAAACUGACGAAGGUUCUCCAGUCAAGGCAACUCCAAAGCAGGCCAAGAGAAAGCGUAAUGCCAAUGCAGGCUCAACACCGUCGUCGUCCCAAAAGUCAACACCUGUGAGGUCUUCUCAGGAAUCUACGAGGUCAAAGCUGCUGAGCUUUUCAUCGCCUAAGGCUGCUCCGAAGUCUGACGUUUUGGAAAGCCAGCCUGCGUCGGGUGCGAAAGUCUGGGCCCAUCUUACCUAUGACUUUUUGAAGGAAGGCAAGCGGAGGGACGCUGGUGGGCAUUUGCCGAGUCACCCCGACUUCAACCCCCGUUCUCUUCAGGUUCCCGAGAGUUUCAGGUCAAAACUCUCUCCUGCUAUGAAGCAGUGGUGGGACAUGAAGUCGCAGCAUUUCGACGUUGUGCUCUUCUUCAAGGUGGGCAAGUUCUAUGAGCUGUACCACAUGGAUGCCGUCACCGGAGUGGAGGAGUUGGGACUGGUGUACAUGAAGGGAGACUUUGCGCACUCUGGGUUCCCCGAGAUCUCGUAUGGCCGCUACUCGGAGAGCCUGAUCCAGAAGGGCUACAAGGUGGCCCGGGUGGAGCAGACGGAGACUCCGCAGAUGAUGGAGGAUCGCUGCAAGAAGUCGGGAACCCGGACCACCAAGUUUGACAAGGUGGUGAAGCGCGAGAUCUGCCGCAUCACCUCCAAGGGCACCCGCAUGUUCAGCGUGCACGACGGGCAAGUGUGCGACGCCAUGCCCUCGUUCCUCUUCGCAUUUGCAGAAGCGAGCCGAGAAGUUGGAGGAAGGGGAGGCAGUGAGUUUGGCGUCUGCUUCGUCGACACGUCCGUUGGAAAGUUUUACUUGGGGCAGUUUGAAGAUGACCAUUUUUGCUCGAAGCUGAGGACCACUGUCUCUCACUAUUCACCCGUUCAGGUCUUGUACGAGAACCACAAUGUGACGGCCAAGGCGCGCCAAGUCCUGGACGGCCCACUGUGCUCUGUGACGAAGGAGGGCCUGAGGCCCUGGAAGGAGUUCUGGGAUGCCACCAAGACCCUCAAGUCUCUGCGAGAGGGCGGCUACUUCGAAGAGGAGGAUGGAAGCUACAAUUAUCCGGAGGCUCUCAAGCAUUUCAUUGACCCCGAGGACAAGAUGCUGCUUACCCCGAAAGAAGAAGGGUGCCUCGCUCUGAAAGCCCUGGGGGCCUGCAUUUGGUAUCUUUCGGAGUCCCUGAUUGAGGAGGAGGUCCUGACCAUGCGGAGCUUCGAGCUGUACACACCCCAAGAGACCAGCAUCGACAGAAUCCGGAUGGAACAACUGGAGAAAGAACAGCUGACUGUGAAAAACCUGAUCUUGGAUGGAGUGUCCCUGCAGAACCUCGAGGUACUUCGCAACACUACUGGUGGGCUGGAUGGAACCCUCCUGGGAACAAUGGACUUCUGCUGCACACAGUUCGGGAAGCGCCUGUUCCUGCAGUGGCUGUGCUCGCCCUGCUGCCAGGCUUCCGUCAUCGAGGACCGCCAGAAAGCGGUCCAAGACCUGCUCAGCAUUCCCAAUGAGGCCAAGGACGUCUGCAAGCUCCUCAAGUCCCUCCCAGACCUGGAAAGACUUCUUACCAAGGUCCACACCCAGGGACUCGCCCGCAAGAACAAGGACCACCCCGACUUCCGGGCGAUAUUGUACGAAGACACGACGUACAACAAGCGCAAGAUCGGGAACCUGCUGCUCGCCCUCCAGGGCUUCAAGACCGCCGUCGAAGUCGUCGACACGCUGUCCAAGGUCCGCAACGAGUUCUCGUCCGCGACCCUCUCGCGCUGCGUGUCAACCGCGGCGGACGGCGGUAGCUUUCCGGAACUGGGCGAAGCCCUGGAGUUCUUCGACAAUGCGUUUGACCACGAGGAAGCGAAGAAGAACGGGAAGGUCACCCCAUCGAAGGGCGUGGAUAAGGACUACGACGACGCGAUGCGGAGGGUCAAGGCAGCCACCAGGGACCUGGAGGACUACCUGGAGACGCAGUGCCGCCACUUCAAGUGCAAGGCGACGUACCACGGGACGGGCAAGAACCGCUUCCAGAUCGAGGUGCCCGAGUCGGCGUCGAGGCUGGCAGGGGCGGGCUACGAGCUACAGGGGCAACGCAAGGGCUUCAAGCGCUACUGGACCUCCAGGGUGAAGGAGCUUGCCGCGCACCUUGUGUCUGCCGAGGAGGCGCAGGAGGCCGCCAUCAAGGACAUCAUGCGGCGCAUCUUCGAGAGCUUCGACCGCAGGAGACAGGAGUGGGAGGUGGCAGUACAGUGCCUGGCCGUACUGGACUGCCUUCUGAGCCUGGCCCAGUACAGUGCUUCUCUGACGGGCACGGCCUGCACUCCCCGUAUCUUGAGGGACGGAGAGCCACGACUGAGCAUUCAAGGGGGGCGUCACCCGUGCCUCUUGAAGCACCUGGGCGGGGAAAACCUGAUCCCCAACAGCAUUGCACUCGGCGAUUACGAGGACGACGACAGCGCCCCGAGGGGAGCUCGACUUGCGCUGGUCACUGGACCCAACAUGGGUGGCAAGUCGACGCUUAUGCGGCAGGCUGGACUGCUGGUGAUCAUCGCACAAAUGGGUGCCAAGGUGCCAGCAGAAUCCUGCGAGCUCACACUUGUGGACCGAAUUUUCACCAGGCUUGGUGCAAGUGACCGAAUCACGUCAGGGGAGAGCACUUUCUUUGUGGAAGUCAACGAAACGUCGGCCAUCUUGCGCCAUGCCACCCGUCAUUCGUUGGUGCUCCUUGACGAAUUAGGUCGCGGCACCUCGACCCACGACGGCAUGUCCAUCGCACACGCCGUGGUCAAGGAACUCUCCACUAAGAUUCAUUGCCGCACCUUGUUUUCUACCCACUACCACCAUCUUGUCGAGGGGUUCACAUCAGACCCGAAUGUCUACCUGGGUCACAUGGCCUGCAUGGUGGAGAACGAGAAUGAAGAUGACCCCACCCAGGAGACCAUAGUCUUCCUCUACAAGUUUGCCCGAGGAGCCUGCCCCAAGAGUUACGGCUUCAAUGCAGCAAAGCUCGCCGGCAUACCUCCUGACAUCAUCAAGCGUGCAUUUUGCAAGUCGAAGAGCCUUGAAAAGAGAAUCAGCCUCAUACUUCCUGCAUCAAGCUAAAAUAUGUGCACUUCAUUUUACAUCUGUGCACCAGAUAAGCCUGUCAAACUGUAUGGAUAGUGUUUCUGUUUUGUUUGUUUUUUGUUGCGAGUGUACCUGACUCAUAAUUUAGUAGUCUUAUGUAUGUGUUAUGUGCAGGAAAGUUGUAUACUACACCAAAUGAAUGCUACAUAAACAUGUUUCAAAGGUUUUUGUUUUUUUAAGAUUGCGAGUCUUUUGGGGUUGAGGGAGGAUUUACGAUGUCGCUUGCUAUGAGCAUCAGGCUGAACAAGUCGGCCUUCAUUGAAAGAACAGAAGCCUUUUACAUGAUCCAUUGUUCAGAAGUGAAUGUCCCAGAUAACUGUUUUAGCUGGGUUACAGCCACAUUUAAUAAAAGCCACAAACUUGUUAGAUCUAGAAACGCUGUGUACUGCUCCCUAAUGCAUUGCCAUAACUUCGGAAACGGCAGUUACUACGACUUGCGAGUGCUACCUGGAAGCCGAGAAGAUUGUUGCCAGCACCAGUUUGCUGAAGUUGAAUCAGCAUUAAUCACCUUCGUCCCUUUUCUACGUAGGUUACGUAAAUCUUGGGACUAACAGAGAAAAUACAGCCGAACUGAUGAACUCUCAAUGUUGUGGAAAUCCAAUACCGAAGAAAAAAAGAUGGUGCGUGAGAUGCAGAAAAAUGUUUGAAUUGCCCUUUCUUUUUUGGUUGCGAGUUUUUGCAGUGUUGUGUUUUACAAGACGGAUUGUCCAGUAUGCAGGGCUGUGAGCACGUGGGUAGCUGUGUGAAACAUUCAAAGCAGGACAAGCAGCAUCACAACCAGGACACUUAUGCGAGGGAAAUGCACAUGUGCCCUUUCACGGGGACACAUGUAUACAAAGGUAUCUUAUCGAAUGUGGUGCUCGAGACUUCUGCAGUGCUGCACAGUGCUCUACAUUUCAAAACACAAAAUGACUGCAAAAGGUUAAUCCUUCCACUCUCACAAAAGGCCCAGUUUGCCUGUACUUCAUUCUAUAUAUCAGCAAAAACUCCCGGGGUGAACAUCUUAAGGACACACCCCAGAAAAACGAUUUCUGCAAAAAAAAAAAAAAAAACUGAUUUUCAAAAAUUAUUUAGGGAGUGUUCCCAGAAAGUUUAGUUAGUUUACACUGCAUAGUUAAUUUUUUAUACUUUUGGUCCACCGAUGUUAAAGAAAAGGUAGAGGUUGGAGCACUUUGAACACAUUUUUCUCCGUUCCACUUUUCGGCAUAAAUUUCACUUUAGGAAAACUAUUGUUUGUUAAUGGAGCGAAAGGAAGGACUCGCUCAUUGUUUUUCCUAACUGAAAUUUUAUGGGCAAUGCAACUGUGAAAUUGUUUUUGUGAUUUUCUGGGUAUUUUUAUAUAAAAUGUUACGAUUUUGUUGACAACAUAAAAGGCAACAAAAUUUUGGUUUUUCACUGUGAUGUUAGCAUAAAAUAAAUUACUUCUUGGAAA